UGUUAUGGCAGUUUAAGUGGUGUUACUCUGGAUUAUUUCUGCAGUGUGAAUGCAGUCUGUGUAGUGUGAAUGGAGCCUGAUUCUUUUUGUUUAGUGAUGACUGGCUAACAUAAGGGGGAGGGGGGUUGAAUGCAUAUUACUUUUUACACCAUUUAUACAUUAUCUUCUCGUGAUUCUUAUAUACACCUAUUUUUAAUGUGCUUUUAAAAAGUGAAGAGGGAGAGAAAAGCCUUACAGAUGGCUAGCAAUUCAUAAUCAGGUAUAUCAUUUGUUCAUUGAUAACAGUCAAGAAGGAAAAGCAGUAGGGACUGUUCUACCCAUUCUGUUUUCUUGCUUUUAAAACAUUUUGCUCACAAAUCCAUCUUGUCUUUGCACAGUUUGUACAACUGCCAUAUGAUUUCACAGGUUACAUCAAUCAUGCAAAGAGCUUUUAGUGAGCAUGAAAGGCAUGUCAGACUAAAUGGUCUAUAAAAUAAUAGAAACCAGGAUUUACUAGAGAAUGAAAGCGAAAAUAUGUUUUGAUGUUUGCGUUAUAAAUUCCAGAUAAGAGCGCUUUGGUUGGGCGUGGACUAUGCAUGUGAAGGAAAUUCCUGGCUAAAGAAGUAAAGACUCGCUUCAGGCAGGUUCCUUUGGGACAAAGAUUAAACAUUUUCUGUAAGUUAGUAGUUGAUUGAUCACAAGGAAGUGGAGGAUACUAUUUUUCAAUAAGCUGAGAUCCAGGACCCAGCAAAACAUGCCACUAUUAUGUCCUCAUCUGAAAACAAUAAUUGGCAUUUUCUGUACAGCAACAACCAUUGUACUUUGGGCACUGUGCAUCUGGCAGCUUAUUAUCAGGUUUGCACCAGUUAAAACACCUCCAAUGGAACCUUCAUGCUUCUGCCACAACAAUGGGAUCUGUUCGGAUGGUAUAUGCCUUUGUCCAGAGGAGUGGGUAGGAACGCACUGUGAGAUAGUUAACUUCUGUGAUUCAAGCACUUAUAAAGUCAACUCUUCAGAAGAUAUUCUUAGUUUUGAAAUAAUUAUUGUUGGCAGAUAUGGAUAUUCCAUUGAGAAGUGUGACAACAGCACUGCAAAUCGUGGUACUCCGAAAGGAACUCGGAUGUGCACUAGAAAAAAUGGAAUACCUACUCUUCAACUACCAAGCAUAAUGGAUUGCAAUGUGACCCUUCUCAGCUUGUCUGAAAAGGUACAAUCUAUGAAUGAGAGUGCAACAGCAGAAAUCACAAGCAUUGCCACUGACACACAGAUUCUUACUUCCAAACCAAAAGAACUGAAAAGUGAUAAUAUUUCCUUAGCUGCUUCAAUUGCAGACAAGAUUCUCAAUCUGCCCAGUCAUGUUGUACCUGGAGAGGCAGCAGCUGCUGCAGUUGCAACAGUAAGCCAGCUUCUGGACGCCAACAAGACUGAAUUUAGUUUGACAAAUGAUGACCUCACUAAUUCUACAAUAAGUCUCACAAUGGCCAUGCAAAACUUCUCUGUGAGUAGCAGUUCCCUUGAAGAGGUGGUACAGCCUAAUGUUGCAGUUCGAAGAGUUGAUCUUCAAGAAUCCUCUGCUGCAGUUCUUUUUUGUGCCCUGAAGGGGUCAACUAAUGGUUUAGUUUCUGACAGAAUCAUAAUAGAGGAACAAGCCAGUAGUCUGAAAAAUGAUAUCACUACAGAAAUUCAGAUACUCAUCAGUGUCACAAAUGCCACUGGAAGUGAAAGAGCUGGCUUUGUACUGUAUCAAAAUGACAGACUUUUCCCAUCAAAAAUCUAUAGGACUGGAUUAGAAGAAAGUUACAAUAAUCGGGUUAUUUCUGGCAACAUUAAUGGAACUAUGGUCAAUAAUGUUAAAAUUGCCUUAAGUCCACAGUUCAACAGCUCAAAACUUCAGCUGUACAAUCAUGCAUGCGUCUUUUGGGAUUACUCACAGAAUGACUGGAAUACAUCAGGCUGUAUAAAAGAGACGGAAUCACCUGAGUUACUGAAGUGUAGCUGUAACCAUACAACUAAUUUUGCAGUGUUAAUGAACUUCAAGACUGUUUACAAAUACUCAAGACCUCUAACAAUCUUAUCACAAAUUGGUUGUGGGUUGUCCAUUGCUGGCCUUAUUGUUACCAUUGUGGUUCAGAUUUGGAUCAGGAAAAGCCGGAAAAUGUCGACUACCUUGAUCCUUGUGAGUCUCUGUUCUGCUCUGCUGAUAUUUGAUAUUAUCUUUAUCUUUGGCAUUGAAAAUACAAAUGCCAACAAGACUGAAUCUGUGAUCUCUGCUCCCAACACCAUGCUCAUGUCAGACAUAGAGCUCCCACAUCCAAACCAUGGCUGCACAGUAGUCGCUGCUUUGCUCCAUUAUUUCCUACUGGCAACUUUUACAUGGACUGCACUCAAUUCAAGACACUUGUAUUUGCUAUUAAUAAAAACUCAGCGAGAUUUUUCUCGGUCCUUUAAUAUAACAAUGUUAUUAACUGGAUGGGGAGGCCCAGCAUUAGUGGUUUCUAUAACAGUAGCAGUCACUGUCAAAAACUUAAACUAUCGGCAAGAAGAAUUUUGCUGGCUUGCAGCCCUUGAGCCUGAUGGGACAUUCUCUAUUAGAAAACCUAUGUUAUGGUCAUUCCUUCUGCCUGUAGCAGCUAUCCUCCUAUUUAACAUUGCCGUUUUUGUUAAGAUCACAUAUGUUGCAAUAUGGAAGGAAAAUAAGAAUCUGACCAGCACCAAAAAGAAGUCACACAUAAUGAAGGUAUCUGCUACAUUAUCUAUAGCAGUAAUUCUUGGAAUCACCUGGAUUUUGGGCUAUCUGAUGCUGAUAGACAACGAACAAAUGAAUAUUACAGUCACCUAUUUUUUCUGUAUUUUCAAUGCAACACAGGGACUACAGAUAUUUUUUUUCCAUGUUCUUGGAACACCUGCUGGCAAAAAGAAGAUUGCAAAUAUUUUUGUCUCCAUUACCAAGUUGCGGAUUUAUUUGCACUCAAAGACUUACUCUCUUAUACUUCAUAUAAAGCAACCCUAUGAGUCUUUUAAAUCUACUAAUCCCAUGAGAGAUUAUAAUGACAUUUCUCUGUCAAGCUGCAUGGAAUAGCCUCGGCAGUGAUAAGAACAUGAAAUGCCUGCUUUAGCUUUCUUUCUUUCUUUUUUUAAAAAUUAAAAUAUGUUUGAGAAAUUCUUCAAAGGCUUCAUAUAGCUCUAAACAUGACAACAACUGGGAAAAAAUGUAAUAUUUGUGUUGCAUAGGAUUUUACACACCAACAUUUCAAGAAUCACUCUAGUAGAGGCCAGAAGUGGUAUCUGAAGGACAGCACUGCCAGGGUAUUUCUGGCAGAGCAAUGCUGGGGAUAGCGUGGUCCUCCAGAUGUUGUCAAAUUGCAACUCCCAGCAGUCCCAGCUAACCUAGCACAUGGUGAGGACACUGAGGAAUGCUGAGAGCUGUAAUUCUACAACAUUUGGAAGACCAUGCAAUUCCCAUAGAGGCAACUUUGAGAUAGCUAUCUCCAUAGUGAUUCUCCAGAUGUUGAACUUCAGCUUCCAGAAGUCCAGAACAUAGCCAAUUGAUGGGGAAUAAUGGACAUUGCAGUUCAACAAUUUCUAGAGGAGCACACAAUGCCUAUGGAACAAGCACUCUUGAGAUAACCAUCUCCACAGUGUUUAGUUCCUUCCAGUUCAUUUGCUGUGAACGGAGUCAUUUUCUAUAUGAAUUGUCUCCUUCCACAGGAUAAUUUUGUUCCAGUUGAUUUGGCAACUAAAGAUAACACUUCUCAUCCUGCUCUGUAAUGAAAAGGAAUAAGGAAUAAAUACACACACAUUCAUAAAUACUGAAUCUGUACACACACUUAUACAUAUAUAAUAUUCUGCAAAGAUUAAAAUAUUACUAAGUCAAGUAGGGUGAGUACCAGGUAGUUUUGAGAUACAUCUCAUUCCCUGUUUCCAGUGAAAAUAACAGCACAUCUAGUUUCUAAAAUUUGCGUGUGUGCGCGUGGCUUCAAAUUACUGGUUGAUUUACUGCGACCCCAUAAAUUUCAAAAGUUUUUCUUAGGCAAGGAAUACUCAGAGGUAGUUUUGCCCAUUUCUUGCUCGGAAAUAUAGCCUACACCAGCAGGUAGUCAUUGGUGUUCUCCCCAUCUAAGUACAGCCAGCACUCCAUAUGCAUGCAUUUAGCGAUCUGCGGUUUCAACCAUCCACGGUUUGAAAAUAUUCAAAAAAUAUACAAAUUCCAUAAAUCAACCCUUGAUUUUACCAUUUUAUGUAAGGGACACCAUUUUACUAGCCAUUGCAUUUAAUGAGGCUUGCGCAUCCAUGGAUUUUGGUAUCUAUUGAGGAUCCUGUAAUCAACUGCAAUGGAUAUCAGGGCCCCACUGUACUAACCAGGGCUGACUGCUUAGCUUCCAAGAGUAGGCAUGAUCUGGUGCCAUUAGGAUAUGCCACAAUAAGUUUUAAAACUGGAACAAGAUAAUUUGUUGCCUAUAUAUAAAAAAAAGAUCCUGAAGCUAUAUGAACUGAUAAACAGUUGUAUUGUAUUAUCUUGGCAUGUUUUAUUCAGAGGAGCUUGCCAUUAACUUCCUCCAAGUCUGAGAGGAUGUGACUUCCCAAGGUCACCCAAUACUGAUCUGAGAUUUGAACCCUGGUUUCAUUGGUUCCAAGUCUAAUACUCAAAUCGCUACACCAUAUUGGUUAUAUUAGUUAAGUCCAAUUUAUGAAUCAGAGACUUCCUUGGUUAUCAACAGUUCUGCGUAGGACUCAGAGCUAUGGCUUACUUUGUCUCUAAUGUGGCCUUCCACUUUAGCAAGCUUUAUCAUAGUUUUCAAUUAAUAAAUACCAGUAGUUCAUUAACUGUUGACAACUGCAGUAGAGAUGCUGUGAGUGGCUAAAUAUUGCACCUUGGCUGGACCAUUGUUGCUGUCCUACGCUCCAACAUUUCACAGAUGAAAACUGACACCUGUGGCCAGGAAACAUCAGAGUGUGGUCAGGAUGACAAAUGUUACUUAUGUGGAAGAACAUACAAACUAGAAGCUGCAGUAGUUUGCUUUUGCCUGAGCCAUUUGGGAAGGAUGAGAUUCCACCCUCUUUUCUUCUUUCUCCUUGCUAAGUUUAUUACAUGAAAACUAUUUCUUCAUUUCUUCAUUUUUUUUAGAAUAACUUUAUUAUUAAUACAAUUCAAUAAACUCUUUACAUACACACACACACACACACACACAAUUUCAAUAAUCACUUUCACAUAGAGAGUGUGUAUACACACACACACACACACACACUUCAUUUUGAACUCAAUUUGCAGAAGCUGAAGUAAGCUGGGAGAGAAGGGAGGACAUAAGAGGAAGAGAGAGAAACUGGAACAUUUUAAAAGAAGCUGAACAACUGGGAUGACAGAGGUUUAAUUGGGAGUGUUGCUGCCAAAUUGGGACAGUUGGAGGAUAUGUAUUUUUAUCAGCAUGAUUUAACUAUUAAGGGCAACAGAAAAGGCACACUAUGUCAGCUUUGGAAAGCGCACAUGUGAGGUUUAAAUCUCUUUUGAGACUGUACUACUUUUAGGAUACUUGUUAAGAUGAAAAAAGAGGUAUCAGCAUUCUGGGAAAUAAAUAUUACAUUCACGGUACAAUAAUCUGAAUUUUCAGUUUUAAGAUUCUGUUCUCAUCUUUUCCCAUGCAUAUUAUUAUUAUAUUUGCUACCUGCCAGUGCCUCAGCAUCAUCUGCCUUAAUUUUUACUUCUUGCCUGCUGUCUUAGAACAAGCAACCACACUGAAUAGUCAAUGUAUAGGAUCGCUGAUAGUCCAGUGCUUGAAAAAGUUACUUUUUUUUACUACCGCUUUCACAUUCUCCCCAGUCAGAACAGCCCAUAAUCAUGCUGGCUGGGGGAGUUUUAAAAUGGCAAUUUAAAAACUAACUUUUCCAAGCUCUGUGACAAACCUGGAGUGAUCAGUUUGGAUGAGAUAAGAUUACUUUAAGAAAAUGCAUCAGUGUCACCUCUUUGUUUUCAUCAUCCAUUAAUUUUACAUUUCAUUGUAGCAACUGGGUGCUUCACAAUUUCCUAUUGUUCCCUUACAUUGUGGAUAAUUAGGCAUCUUUCAUGUUCAUAAAAUGCUAUUAGGUUCAAACAGUAUAAUUAGUUUUAUCUAUAAGGGAUAUAGUAUUGUGGACUUUGAUAUUCCAUGUAUUAUGAACUUUGGACUGCUUUUUUCUUGAUACCUAGAAGUACUUUACUUGAGGAAGGCCUCCUUGGAUGCCAGGAAAAACAUGGGAAAAGAAACAUACUGACCAUUGAUCCCGAAAAAUGCAAUUAUAUAUAUGUGGGUUAGUGAAAUGUUUUUUUCACAUAAAGAUUGUUUUUGUACUUUUGUAAUUCAGGGGCAAGUAAAACCAUGUAUGAGUAUGGUGCAAAAAAGUGGGGCAGGGGAUAUAUAUUUGACAAACUGACAGCUACAAAACUGAAUGUUUAAAAUGUUCUUUAAGUGGCAAGGAAGUUAAAGUUGUUUCAUAUCUUGCAUAAAGUUGUGGAAUGGGAAAAUAUCUGAGGCUGUAUUUUUCUGUAUUUUCCACACCAUAGUUAUUCUUCUGAUGACACAAAACACUGACAAAACCCUAAUGCUCAGAGGAUGGAACUAAGGAGAUUAUCACAUUACGGCCGAUUCCACAACGGUUGU